AUGGGGCUGCGCCCCGCCGCGCUGGCGCUGCUCGGUCUGGCGGCCGCCGCCGCCUCCGCGCUGCCGCUGCCGCUGCCCGACGCCGGCCCGCACCUCAACUACGGCUGGGGAGAGCCCAUCCGGCUGCGGCACCUCUACACAGCCAGCAAGCACGGGCUCUUCAGCUGCUUCCUGCGCAUCGGCGCCGACGGCCGGGUGGACGCGGCCGGCAGCCAGAGCCCGCAGAGUCUGCUGGAGAUCCGCGCCGUGGCCGUGCGCACCGUGGCCAUCAAGGGCGUGCAGAGCUCCCGGUACCUGUGCAUGGACGAGGCGGGGCGGCUGCACGGGCAGCUCAGGUAUUCCACUGAAGACUGUUCCUUUGAGGAGGAGAUUCGCCCAGACGGCUACAAUGUGUAUAGAUCCAAAAAACAUGGAAUAUCAGUGUCUUUGAGCAGUGCCAAACAAAGACAGCAGUUCAAGGGGAAAGAUUUCCUUCCCCUGUCUCACUUCUUGCCCAUGAUCAACACGGUGCCCGUGGAGCCAGCAGACUUUGGUGAAUAUGGUGAUUACAGCCAGGCCUUCGAGCCAGAGGCGUUCUCCUCACCCCUGGAGACGGACAGCAUGGAUCCCUUUGGCAUCGCCUCCAAACUGUCCCCAGUGAAGAGCCCCAGCUUCCAGAAUUGACUGUGCUCCCACACAUCUUUUCAUAGAAACAUUGAAGAGUACUGCAGGGUUUGUAGCUUUUUUGUAGUGAUAUUUGGGAACUCUUUUGCGUGUUUGAGUAUGGAGCCAGCCUCGUCCUUGUUGUACCUGUAGGAGAUGAUUGCCAAGAGGCUGUUCUAUAGUCUAAAGAAUUGCCUGCCCAUAGUUUUGUUAGGAAAAGGAGGAUUAAAUGCCAAAAGUUUAGCAGCCUUAUCAGAAUUCCUCCAGAGGUGGUGAUAAAAUAACUAAUUUUUCUAUACCAGCUUCACUUCCACAUAUAUUCACCUGUUAUAGCUGCUCAUAUGAGCAAAUACAGAAAACCUUUUCCUCUUCAGAGAUCUAAACUCAAAUACUUGGACCAAAACCAGAUGAAGGAAAACAUCCU